AAAAAUCAGCUGUCACCCAUUAGGGAGGGACAGAGUGAGACAGGACUACCGCUACAGACAGCAGCAGAGUCAGACGAACACUCACAGAGACACGCAAGUCAUCACCUGCGGAAAUAUACAAGACCGAGGCUUUAAAGGCAGUAAGACCUGGAACCAGCAAUUCACUCUAGAAGAAACAUUUCAAGAAAGACAGAGAAUCUGCCUCCUAUCAAGAGCACAAACCUAAGUACACAUUCUCUCCUAUCCCGAGCGUGAAAGACAGAUCUGCCCUUUACCUCUCAAAGACAGGCUCCUCAGGAUAUAUCGAACAGCAAGGUAGUGUGUUCCAGGAGCACUUGAUCUCAAGUGGGAAGAAAAAACAAAGCAAGAUGGCAGAAGUAGCCAAACAGAUAAAAGUGACAGAUGCAUCCAGUGGAGAUGAUUAUUUUCCUCCUCCUCCUCCACCUCCUCUACCAAGACCUCAGGUUCUGGAAUCACUUCAAAAGUCUCAAAGCCAGAACUUCCUGCCCGUACCACCUCCAAAAGAAACCUUCUCAGAGUUCUACCAACAACGGCAAAAAAGUGAACUGAAGCGUCUUUUUAAACACAUUCAUCCUGAACUGAAGAUGAAUCUUGAUGAUGUUGUAGAUGAUGAACUGAUAGGUGCAAUUAAUCCCCAAGCAGUAGACACAGCAUAUCAGGGAGAAGUCCAGUCCAUGCGCUGGAUAUUUGAGAACUGGACUCUUGACAACAUUGGAGACCCACAAGAAACCAAAAAGCUUCUCAAUGAGGAAAAUCUUCAAGGUGUGGAUGUGAGAGGCAAAUCCUCUUUGUUUGAGCAUUCAGUGUUUGAUAGUCAACACACAACAGCGGGAGAGAGGCCAGGUGUAGUCAAAGGAGAUGUUCGCACGGCCACGUGGUUGUUUGAGACACAGCCUCUAGACUCAAUCAGUCAAUCAAAGAUGGAGAAUGAGGAAAUCGUGGAGGUCGUACUGAAGGAACCCCUUCAGAAGGGAGAUGUGAGAGGUACACGUCUCCUGUUUGAAUCCAAACCACUGGACGCUUUAGGCUGCUGCUGCUCAGCUGAAGACCAACAUUUCCUAACACUCAAAUCAGAACUCCAGCAGAACAAAGGAGACGUGAAGAAAACAGUCAAACUCUUUCAAGCAGAUCCCAGUUGUGUGAUUAGGGAUAGCAGUGGCAAAAUCCAUGAAAUCAAAUCAAUCUGUAGAGAAGAAAUCCAGAGCAGUGACUUUAAAACAGCACGUUGGCUUUUUGAAACUCAACCCUUGAACGACAUUAAUAAAGGAGCUGGUGUGCAGAUUAUUCGCGGGAUCUCACUUGAGGAAGCCCAAAAAGGUGGUGUUGAGAAGAAAAAAUGGAUGUUUGAGACCCAACCGCUUGAUGCAAUUCAUGAAGGUGCUGUGGAAGAACAAAAGUUCAAAGGAACAGUGGAGGACAUCUCUGGGGAAGCAGAUGUUCAUAACAAACUAAAGCUAUUUGAAAACCAACCUCUGUCAUCUCUUAAAGGAGAGUCUGUGGGUGAAAUUUCAAAGGAGGAGGCAAUUAUUGGAGGAAAUGUAGGAUCCACACUAUGGCUUUUUGAAACUCAGCCCAUGGACACUCUGAAAGACAGCUAUGAGGUGGGACAGCUCAAGAUAGUUGUGGUGUCAAGUGAUGAAAAAGGCGAAGUUAAAGACAAAAGGCUGCAGUUUGAGAAAUUCAGUGUUGGUAAAACAACAAGUGAUAGUGGAAACCAAGUUCAAGAUGUUGAGAAAGGAGAUGUGAAGACUUUCAAGAACCUUUUUGAAACUUUACCUCUUAGUAACAUCUCUGAGAAAGCACAAAGUCAUAUCGAUGAUAUUAGAGCUGGGGAUGUCAAAGGCAACCGUUCACUCUCUGAAACCACACCGUUGUAUGCAAUUAAAGACUGUGCUGGAAAUUUCCACAAGGUUACAACUGUCAAUAGAGAAGAAUGCAUCAAAGGGAACAUACAGAAUUACAAAUGGAUGUUUGAGACGAGACCCUUAGACCAAUUUGAAGAAGAUAGUGGAAAAGUAGAGCUCAUCAAGGGCAUUACAAGGCAAGAGGACAUGGCAAGUGACGUGAGGACAGCUAAAUGGAUGUUUGAAACACAACCUUUGGAUUGCAUCAAUACAAAGAGUCAGAAAGAAGCCCGUUCAACAGUAACACAGGAAGAAUUUCAAAAGGGUAACGUGAAGACGUGCAAAUGGCUGUUUGAGACACAACCAAUGGACAUUUUGUAUGAGAAAUCAGAAAGGAACCAGGAUGUAGAACCAGUGCCAAAAGCUGAUGUGAAGUCACACACUUGGUUUUUUGAAACACAGCCACUGGAUAACAUUAAAGACAAGGAGGACUUCAGUUUGAAAUUGAGCAGUACUGUGCAGGAAGACAUAAAAAGUGAUAUGAAUGUGAAGAUGGUGAAACACCUGUUUGAAACAGAAACUUUGGACAGAAUAACAAAGCAAACAGAUUCUGGACAAAAUGUAAGAUAUGUCAGUCAGGUGGAUAUGCAGUCUGGAGAUGUCUCACGUGUCAAGGAAAUCUUUGAAUCCAAGUCACUUCAUGAAAUAGGAAGUGAAUGUGUCAAAGACUCUAAGGAGCAGAAAAAUGAAAUUCAGUCUGGAUCAGUCCACAAAUUCACUUGGCUGUUCGAGAAUCAGCCUAUCAGCGACAUUAAUGAGAAGGAGGACAGAAUAACUCGCAGUGUCAGUGAUGUUGAGGGUGGUGAUGUUGGAAGCAAGAAGUUUAUUUUCGAAACUUUCUCUCUGGACAAAAUUCAAGAUAAAGACAAACUACUUGAGCACCAGUCAAUGAGUGUUGAGAAGCCCACAAUCAGUAGUGGUAAUGUGAAGUCCAGCACUAUGCUUUUUGAAUCCCAGCCGUUAUAUGCAAUAAGAGACCAGGAUGGACAGUUUCAUGAAGUUACCACUGUAAAGAAAGAGGAAGUGAUGAGAGGAGAUGUCAGGGGUGCAAGGUGGAUGUUUGAAACCAAGCCACUGGACACUAUUCAAGCAGACAAAGAAAUCUACGUCAUCCGUGCAGUUACACAAGAGGAUGUGUGCCAGGGAGAUGUGAAAUCAGCAUGUUGGAAGUUUGAGACUCAGCCCUUUGACUCCUUCACACCUCAUGAAGGGCCAUCGGUGAGGGUUGUUGAAGAUAUAGGCAAUGGGAAAAGUUUGCAACAAAGCAAGCAACUCUUUGAGACUGAGCAAGCGGGCCAAAAGAAGUUUGUGCGAAUGGUGAGUGUUACAGACGUUCAACAAGGUGAUGUACGUACCUCAACCUGGCUGUUUGAGAAUCAACCUAUUGAUACUCUAAAAGGUGAGCCAGAUGAGAAGAACACCUUGACAACUGUACAUCGAGAGGAUAACACAAAGGGAGAUGUAAAACGCUGCACUUGGUUAUUCGAAUCACAGCCAUUAGAUAAAAUAAAGAAUGAUGAAUCUACCAAAGAGCUUGCCUCAUCACAGGAAGAAAUCCCCAAGGCAGAUGUCAAAAGCACAACCUGGUUAUUCGAGACCACACCGCUGGACAAAAUCACUGUAGAGAGUGUGACAGACAUACUCUACCGCCUUUGUCAUUAUUCAUUCAUUCAUUCAAGUGGAAUCAUCAUCCAGGCAAAUGAUUAUAAGUAUGUAAACAUGGCAAAAUAUCAGACUGUGAAAAGCGAGGGGCCUAAAGUUCAAAAGGAGGAAGUUGUUGAAGGAAACAUCAGGAACAUAAUGCUGCAGUUACUGUUCAAACCGAACCUGAAACCUAAAGUUGUUCUACUUAAAGAGGAUGAACAAGGCAAAAUGCACAGCACAGUGCUUGAAAUCCCAUUUCAACAGCCUGGAUACACAGACAACCCUGAGGCAGAGUGUAAGACCCAAGAAGCAGUUAAAAUUAUUGAGAAUUUGCUCGUCCAACAAAAAACUAUAAAGACAGGCUUGGUGAUGCAAGAAUCUGAAGGUGGGCAGCCAGAGAUGACAGUGUAUUCCCUCCAAUGUCAAAUCAGCAUGACUGAGUCGCACGAAAUUGCACGAGGAGAUGUCAAAUCCACCAUUGGCAACCUCCUUGCCACUGUCCAUAAUCAACAGACCAAACCGUCUUGCAGACUGGAACAAAACGAAAGGGGGAAUGUUGAUUUGUAUCGAAGCUGUAUUGAAAAGGGUGACCUUAAGAGUCUACAGCAAGAACUUUCUGAGGAGGAACUGUCAGCCUCUUGUAGAGAUAAAAUUGAAAUUAUUCAAGGUGAUGUAAAGGAAGCAAAGCGACACCUAAAUCAACAAAGGGAGCAAGUUGAAAGAACAGUCUUGGAUGUUGUACCAGGAGACGUGAAGAAUGUCAAAAAGGUUUUCUCAGAGGUCUGCACAGACCUGGGCAUUGGAAACUGCGUGCCAAAGGAGGAGAUUGUCAAAGGUGAUAUUUUGUCGGUCAAGCAGCAACUUGAUGAGGCAGUCAAACAGCCAGUCAUGGUCCAGAAGGAGGAAAUUAUUUCUGGGGACAUUAAAGCGACCCUUGAAUCCUUGGAGCGGGCAAAACAACAAAUCAAACAUGUGGAGUGUGAGGUCAUCAAACCAGGCACUAUUUACGAUCUGAAUGUCGAAGCAGAAGAAAUGUGCUCAGAAGAAAAUGAAAGGACAUUAAUUAAGGAGGAAAUAAUUUCAGGGGAUGUUAAGGCUGCCAAAAGAUCCCUGGAGAGGGCAAAGAACCAAAGCAUGAGAGUAGAACGAGAACCUGUCACUCCUGGAAAGCUAUAUAAUCUAAAUGAAUCAUCUCAGUGCCAAAGCAACACAACAGUGGAGCAGUCUACGACAUCCUCCUUAAGUAACCAGCGGAUUACUACAACAUUUCGAAAGGUUAGUGACAUAGAAAAGGUCCAGGGAUCCAACGAAAGAGUUUGUUGUCAGAAUGAAGUGGGAGAGAGAGAAAAUAUAUACGUUAGUACAGAAAAUGACUCAAGAGCGACAGAUAACAGUCCUCAGGUUUUAGAGUUAGAGUCGGAUAUUGUUAAUGAUGUGAAGGCUGCUGUUCAGUCAUUACGAAGUGCUGCAACAGAGCAGAGAAGUGUAGUCAGAGAGGAAAUUGUUAGAGGAAAUUUGAAAGAGACACUCCAGUUUCUUGAGAAGUCUAGCAUUAAUAUUUCUAAAGGAGAUUUCAAGGCAGCAAUGUUAUUUAGACAAUCUAGACAGUCUAACACUCAAAGCAGAAUGACAAAUGACUCAGGAACUGUAGAAUGCAAGCAGAGUUUUGUUAAUUUGCCUUCAUCUGACACUCAAUUGUCUUCUUCGGUUUCAGUGACCGGAAGUGAGCAUCUGACCAUCUCGGCACUGAAUUCAGAAUCUGUUAGCUCCAGCAUGGACUAUUCAAAGCCCUCUAACACUUUUGCAGGAAAAGGCGAACAUCCACCACCCAUCCCACCAAAAACUGGUAAUCAGGUUAAAGAUCAGAAGCCAGUUAUUCCACCAAAGCCAUUGCACAUCACCACCAGCUCCAAACAUAUUGCAGAAAACCCACAUGUUUGUCCAAGCUCACCUGGGCAUAAUAAUAAGCAACAGACUCCAGAAAUCCCACCCAAAGUUGCUGCCAGCAAAACUUUUUUGCAAAAAAAGGAAACAGUAGAAACAUGCAACAUUCAUGAACCAGUUCAAAGGACAAACUUCAGCGAUCCUGUGGAUUUUCAAAAGAUGCAGUACACUGAGCAAUGGGUUCAAAAUUCCCACAUGCAACAUACUCCAUCAGUCAGUAAAACAGACCCUCUUGAUGAUGGUUCCUUUGCUUGUAAUAGAAUAGGAAUGGAGAAAAAUGUGAUUCAGAGGAUAAAUGCUGCAGAAGAGAUCAGGAUGUGUGUGCAGAGUUAUUCAAAGGACAAUGACGAAUUAAACAAGGGGUUUAAGGUUGCACUUCAGAAUUUUGGGGAAAAGAAAACAACUACAGACACAACCUCAAUUUUCCCAAAGAAAAUUAAAGUUGUGCAAAAAGAAACCAUCCAGGAACAAGUUAAAACUUCCAAAGAGAACACAAAUAAACCUGAGUUACACUCCGCCAGCAGAGACACCCCUUCAACACCUGAAAUACGUGAAGUUCCUUCAAAGUACAAUCAAACUAUUAAGAACAAAGUUGUUUUGAGAGAAAAGAAAGCAAGGAGAGAGACCGAAGAUGAGCGCCGCCAGAGACUCUCCGUCCACAAAGACGAGAUCAUGAGGGGCAACGUAAAAGCAGCCAUGGAGAUCUUCGAAAACCUUAUGAGAUGUGAAGAGCUGAAGAUCAUUUUGUCAAAAUUUCAAGAAAUAGAGGGGGAAACUUGUGAGGUGGAUGUUAAAUCUCUAAAGACUUUGUUUGAGAAUGUGCCUGUUUGGAUUAGCAAACCAAUAAAAAAUAUGAAACACAGACAUUGUCCAAGAGCUGGCACAGGGACAGAGGGCUUAAGAGAUGAUGUAGAGAUAUCCUCUGUUGAGUCUGCAUUUGAGGACCUAGAGAAAGCAAGCAUGGACAUCAUCAAUUUGAAAGAACAGACAUUAGCUAAACUCUCGGAAAUAGAGGAGGCGAUAAAAAAAGCUCUGUACUCGGUCUCAAAUUUAAAGUCUGAGGCAGACAUUGCAGGGUUGUCAGGUCUGUUUAGUGAAUCCUUAAAUGCUGACAAUGUCUCGCCAAAUAAUAAAAACAUUAGGAAAAUUAGCAUUGUGUCCAGCAAAGCAAAACCUGUGCAAUCUAAACAGGUACAGGGCACUGAUAACAGGUGUCUGCCCAAAGAGGUACCACAUGUACAUCAAGGUCAAGUGGGCAAACCAUGCUCAAACGCCCCCUGCUCGCCUUCAUUUAUUUCCAUUCAUUCUGCUGCAAGAAAACCUGUGGAGUCACCCACAUCCCUACAGCCUCACUCAGACAAACCAAAAGCAAAUGACCAACCUAAUGCAGGUAGCACCUUCAAACCAUCCUCCCCUGAGAAAAGCUCAGCCAGCCAUGUUUGUAGUCCUCCAAGUCCUAGAAGGAAAGUCAGCAUUCUUGAAGUACAGCGAGUUCCUGAGGUUGCAAGUGGAAUCAUUGGCACUAAAACUGUCAGUGAGAAAUAUGAAGAGAUAGACUGCUUUGGGAAUACUUACCUCUCUUCCAAAAGAUCUACAUUUGUUACCAGGCAGUCCGAGAGUGGAUUAUCUGCCUCAUAUGAUGUAAUUACAAAUCCAGGGAGAUAUGAAGAAAUGGCUUCACCUGUUUUGCAAAGGUCUGGCCAGACCUUCUCCUCAAAUUCUCUAUCUAAAAACAAAGACAGAAAAGUGUUUGUUACUUUCGGCCAUCCCAAAACAGAAAAACAUUAACCUGGCUGCCCAUUUCGUUUUGUAGCAUUUUUGGUUGAUUUUUAGUUCCAUAUUUCUAAUUAAAAUACAUAUAUGUGUGUUGUAUUGGUCCUCAUUUUAUAUGUGUGUACAAUAAACAGUUUUAUUGUGAUGCUUUAAGAGCAAAGGUUUUUGUACUGUCGCAAUUAAGUGUUAAUAAAUGUGUUCAUCUUAAAUAUUUGUUUCAAAUGCUGUAUAUUAAAAUGAUCU